AUGCUGACUACUGUGUUUUCAAAUGGUCUUCGGAUAGCCGUUGUACUUCACAUACUUGCACUCAGAGUUCGAGUGAAUUGCGAUGAAGCAAUCAGACCAACUCGCUUGGAUAUGGAACUAAACGUCAAGCAGAGCGGUAUUGUUGAUCGGCUGGUCUUUUCCACGAACUUCAAAAUCAAGAACAGAUGUUUGAGAAGGACCGUAGAGCGAUAUCUUCGCGAAGAUUUGUCGUGUGGUUUACAUAGCUGCGAGAGUUGCUCGUCGCUAGCUAUGAAUACUAUCGGAAAGAAAACCAACGAAACCGAGAACACUCUUGUGCCCGAAAACCAUGCGCUCAUCGUGGACGCUGAAGUAUGUAUGCGUUUCAUGGAUGUGUUCGACUCCACUUUGUUCACGAAUGUCAUAAUCACUCAGAAUGUGUGGGAAUUUGUGAAACAGAAAUCUAUCACUACUUACAAAAAGCUGAACAAAUUUGUUUAUGAAGAUAAAGAUCCUCGCUUUGCCGUUUUCAUGAGUGAAUUUCACCAUAAAACAUUCGUGCGUCAGGAGAUCGGCCUCAGUGAUGCGCUCAGACGAGAGAAAGUACUUCAUGUUUGUGCCAACUACUUAAAGGACCAUUGGGCAAAGUAUAAUAUCGUCCCAGUAGUUCUGUGUGCCGAAGAAGACGUCUUGACAAGGUUGCAAAGCAACUACAGUAUGACUUUUACUAUCAAACAAUAUGUUGCAGGCAUGAAAGAUCUAAGAAAACAAGAAAUUUUGGAUAGUAUGGCUGCGUAUGACUCCUCAAGUGCUGGUGGAAAAGUAAUAUUUGAGAACUAUCUGUCUCAUGACGAAAUUACCGAAGGCAUUGCUCGUGGAGUGAUCAAAAAAGGAACUUUUGCCGUUUCACGAGAGAAUUAUCGCGAAGCAUAUGUUAUGGUAGACUCAAGCACUAUGACUUCCUGGUUUGUUCAAGGAACUAACUGCAAUAGAGCUAUUGAUGGUGAUGUUGUUGCAGUACAGCUGUUACCUGAGGAUGAAUGGACUUUACCAGAGAAGAAAGUCUGCCUACGUGACGUAGAGGAUAUGGAGUUGAAAUCCACUGAUUACGAAGCCGAAGAAUCAGACGAGGAUGUGCCCAAGGUGAAACGAGCAAAAAUCGCUCCUCUUCCCACAGCCAAGGUUGUAGGAAUAAUGAAGCGAAAUUGGAGGCCGUAUUGUGGUAUUUUGAUGCGUAGCCAACUCAAAAGUGCCCGGCGUCAUCUUUUUUGUCCCAGCGACCGCCUUAUCCCGAGGAUUAGGAUUGAAACUGAGCAGGCUGACAUUCUUGAAAGUCAGAGGAUUGUGGUUAGUAUUGACCAAUGGCCUCGUGACAGUAGGUAUCCGCUUGGACAUUAUGUGCGUGCGCUUGGCAAAAUCGGCGAUCAAGAAAUUGAGAAUGAGGUUUUGUUACUGGAACACGAUAUUCCACACGCUCCGUUUUCGGAUGCUGUGUUGGAAUGCCUUCCUGGAGAAAACUGGAAACCGGAUUUGCAACCACCACGUAUUGAUUUGCGACACCUCACUAUAUGCUCGGUCGAUCCACUAGGUUGUACUGAUAUUGAUGAUGCCUUGCAUUGCCGACUUCUUGAUAACGGAUUCUUGGAGGUUGGAGUGCACAUAGCUGAUGUGACACACUUUGUCAGAAGUGGUACCGCAAUCGACGAAGAAGCUGCAAGUCGAGGAACCACCGUUUAUCUGUGUGAUCGGAGGAUUGACAUGUUACCUGCCAUGCUCAGUAGUAAUCUGUGCUCAUUGCGUGGUGGCGAAGAACGGUAUGCAUUUUCGGUCAUAUGGACAAUGACGACGGAUGCUGAAAUUCUGGACACCAAGUAUCACAAGUCCUUGAUUUGCUCCAAAGCGGCGCUCACAUAUGAACAAGCGCAAGAGUUCAUAGACGAUCCUGAAUCUGACACGGAUGUCACGAAAGGACUGCGAGAAUUGAUGAAGCUCUCGAAGAUUCUGAAUAAGAAAAGAACUGCAAACGGCGCUUUGACGUUAGCUUCCUCGGAGAUUCGUUUUGACAUGGACUGGGACACACGGACGCCAAAAGCAGUCCAAGAGAAAAAACAUUUGGAUACUCAUUCAAUGGUAGAGGAAUUCAUGCUGCUGGCAAAUAUUUCUGUUGCGGAAAAGAUAUUGGCCGAGUAUCCGGAUUGCGCUAUGCUGCGACGGCAUCCUGUACCUACCGAAGCUAGCUAUAAGCCUUUAGUAGAGGCUGCGAAACUACGCGGAUAUAGCAUAGAUGUAUCUAGCGGUAAAGCCCUUGCGGAUAGUCUUGACCGAUGUGUGGACUCGUCAAAUCCCAUGAUGAAUCGUCUACUGAGAAUGCUGACAACGCGAUGCAUGACUCAGGCAGUAUAUUUCAGUGCAGGCACGGUACCAGUCGAACAGUACCAGCACUUCGGUCUUGCCACACCGAUCUACACUCAUUUCACCUCUCCAAUUCGACGUUAUGCAGAUGUAAUUGUACAUAGGCUCCUUGCUGCUUGCAUAGGGGCCGAUGAAAUCCAUCCUGGACUACUUCAUCAAGCACAUAUACAAAAGAUCUCGCAGAAUAUCAACUAUAGACACAAGAAUGCACAAUAUGCCGGCCGAGCUUCAGUCCAACUGAAUGUGUUGACAUAUUUCCAAGGACGAGAGGAGACUUGCGAAGGCUUCGUUAUGGGAGUGAGGACCAAUGGAGUACAGAUAUUUGUACCAAAGUAUGGACUGGAGUCAAUGAUAGUUCUCCAGCAAGGUAAAGGUACCACUAUAGACAUCGAAGAAUUUUGUGUGCGACAUGGUGACCAAGUGAUCCGCGAGCUUGAUCGAGUGAAAGUACGUGUACGACUCGACGAUAGCAAUGUGCAGCGAAGGCGGAUAGCUCUCGAUCUUAUUGAACCAUCUACUCUCCCAGGCUUGUCCGUAGACUUUGAUCUCUCUGAGUCAGUGGGUGUUGGAAUCUGAAGCUGUAAAAAUCGUUUGUUGAUAUGAAAUUGUUUUUGUUAUUGUUGGUCAUUAAAUCUCAAUCCAAGCAAGAAAUGCGUUUCAGCGUUCACCAUGGCAGCUUCUUCGAAAUAAAAUAUGGUGAUGGA